AAAAACGAAACCCUCACAAGAUGGUGGCAUAUUCCUUCAUAAAUGGCGUCCUAGCAUUCCACUUUCUUGACGAUUUAUUCAAUAUUCAAAUUUCGAACUACUCCCCAAGACUAGAUUAGGGAGGCUAUCAAUCUUUUCUGAGUUAUUUCAAAGGAAAACCCAUAAAUUCUGUACACCCACAAUCAUCCCAGUUAACAACCGAUUCCUUCAAACAACAAAAGUAGAGAGAGAAAGUAGGAGGAGUUGCCAGUGCUCUGCUUCACCUUCACCGGCUGAUUCUUCUUUUCGUCGAUGAAGCUAAGCGGUGAUCUGGGUUCAAUUGAAUACUGAUUUCAAGCCUAUUUUUGAGAAUUUGUGUGGAGUUCCUGAUACCUAAAAGCAACAACUUUACUUCCUCAGAUCUCAGAUAUACCAUCAGCAAUGAUGCCAUCCCAAGAAGAUGAUGCAAAGCACAUGAGCGUUGGAGGUCUUGCAAGAGAAGAUAGCGAACACGUGAGAUUGGUUAUAUCUAAUGAAAGAGGGACUGCUGAAGCUGAUACCUUCCAACCUCGAACAGAAAGAAGUAAUGAAUCCUUGAAAUGGUGGAUCAAGACUGUCACAUUGUCCAUUAUUGCUAUCAUAGUUACGAUUGUUUUCUUGAAAUGGGGCGUGCCAUUUAUUUUUGAGAAGGUUCUUUUACCGAUGUUGCAAUGGGAGGCGACUGCAUUUGGUCGUCCAGUUCUUGCACUGAUACUUGUAGCCUCUUUGGCAUUUUUCCCGGUGUUGUUAAUCCCUUCUGGUCCUUCCAUGUGGCUCGCAGGCAUGAUAUUUGGUUAUGGCCUUGGAUUUGUAAUAAUCAUGGCUGGAACAACUGUCGGCAUGAUUCUCCCAUAUCUCAUCGGUCUCCUCUUCCGUGAUCGCAUCCACCAAUGGUUGACGAAAUGGCCACAGACAGCUGCAAUGAUUAGAUUGGCUGGCGAAGGAAACGGGUUUCAGCAAUUCCGGGUUGUCGCCCUCUUUAGGAUCUCACCAUUUCCAUACACCAUCUUUAACUACGCGAUAGUAGUCACAAGUAUGAGAUUCUGGCCCUAUUUGUGUGGAUCUAUUGCUGGAAUGAUUCCAGAAGCCUUCAUUUAUAUCUAUAGUGGGCGGUUGAUACGGACAUUUGCAGACGUGCAGUACAGAAACCACCGACUGACUCCACUGGAAAUUAUAUACAACGGUAUCUCCUUCAUCAUUGCAGUAGCUAUGACUAUAGGUUUUACGGUUUAUGCUAAGAAAGCUCUAAAAGAUCUUGAAAAUGAAGAGAACAAGGGAACAGAAGUUUUGGUGUCUGAGAAUGGUAAUAUACAGCUCGAAAAACUUCCAUUUGAGAGAGAAAAGCAUUAUGGGUUUCAGUCGUAGGUUAUAUGCAAUGUAGGUUGCUAAUGUAAAUUAUGGGAGUUGAUGUGGGGUUUUCGUUUAGAUCUCUAACCAGUAACCACUUGUAAUUAAGCAAAUUGCAGACGGCAAAUAAGAACUGCGAAUACCAUAGUUAGAGUUUUUCAGAUCAAGGUGCAUCCUUCUAUCUGUCUCUUACUCUUAAUGUUUUUGAUGCCUGUUGAAUGUUUGUGUUGGGA